UGUAACCAAAUAAACACAAAGAAAAGUGGAAAAAGAUUGAUAAAAAUGGAAAGCAAAGUGCUUUUCUCAAUGAUCUUAGUUGCAUCAUCUCUUUGGGCUGCAACUUUUGUCACUCAAGGAGUUGCUCAAGUGCAAAUGUCAGCAACAAUUCCUGGCAUUUUUCCUGGUUUACCUAUUGAUUUCGUAAAAUGUUGGUCGUCUCUUUUUAACGUUGAAGGAUGUGUGCUCCAAAUCUCCAAUUCGAUUCUUUCUGGCAAGUUUGAAAAUCUCAAAGCAGCGUGUUGCAAGGCGUUCUCAUCCCUAGAUGCAAAUUGUUGGCCUCAAAUGUUUCCACUGAACCCAUUCUUCCCACCUUUCCUCAAGGAAAAUUGUGCUCACAUCGUUCCCAACCCACCUACAGACAAGACCGCAACAAUUCCUGGCAUUUUUCCUGGUUUACCUAUUGAUUUGGUAAAAUGUUGGUCAUCUCUUUUUAACGUUGAAGGAUGUGUGCUCCAAAUCUCCAAUUCGAUUCUUUCUGGCAAGUUUGAAAAUCUCGAAGCAGAAUGUUGCAAGGCGUUCUCAUCCCUAGAUGCAAAUUGUUGGCCUCAAAUGUUUCCACUGAACCCAUUCUUCCCACCUUUCCUCAAGGAAAAUUGUGCUCGCAUCGUUCCCAACCCACCUACACACAAGUGA